AUGUCCGCAAAGCUGUAUAUUAAUGAUUGUUUCCAUUCGGUUGUGUCGGACACACCGACGCCACCACCAAAACACAGAUGGGUUCCGACGUUGCGUUUAGCGCCAGAGGGAGAGUUCUCCAACUUUGUGGAGGGUCUGGGCCCGGGACAGAUCGUCGGCAGACAAGCGCUCGCAUCACACAAUCUCGGAGACAUUCAGCUCAGUCUAUGCGACCGAAAGGGUAACCUUGAGGUCGAAGUGGUCAGAGCGCGAGGACUGCAGGCCAAACAGGGAGCCAAAUCACUUCCAGCGCCUUAUGUCAAAGUAUAUCUCGUCAAAGAGAGGAAAUGCAUCGCAAAGGCUAAGACUGCGACCGCCCGCAGAACAUUGGAUCCGUUAUAUCAGCAACAGUUGCUCUUCACUGAUGACUACAGAGGAUGUACUCUUCAGGUGAUGAUUUGGGGCGAUUACGGGCGUUUGGAUAAGAAGACCUUCAUGGGUGUGGCGCAGAUAGUGAUCGAUGACCUGGACUUAUCCAAUAUAGUGAUCGGUUGGUAUAAACUAUUCAACACCUCUUCAGUGAUAAGUCUGCCGACGAGCGGAAGAGCCAGUAAUUCAUUGAUGUCGACGUCGAUGGAGAGCUUCAGCUAA